AUGGAGACAUCACAAGUUCAGGACUACCUGCUCUACCUGGGCCUGAACGACACUAGGCAGAGGAGCUCACUCGGACUCAGCGUCGCGGCAGCCAGUCCAGCUACUGUGCGACAGGCCGAUGUGCUCGAAGACACUUCCCUGGCCACAUUCGACCAGAUCUGGGUCUACACGCGCUCCACCUUUGCAGAGCAGACCACGCCGGCGAUUCAGGUGGUGAGCGAUGCCAGCACGGUCCUGACCGUGAAUUUCACAGACGAGGACCUGGAUGAAGGAGAACUUGGAGGUAAGAUUGCCUUCGAUGUUGCAUCAGGCGAUACAUCGCAGGUGGUGAUAUUUGCUGCUUAUGGUGCAGACUCGGAGGAUGGGCGUGGGUAUCGCUUUGCACUGGGCACAGUCCAGCUGGGCACGUGGUCGCUUGACGUUUCUCCAGAACUAUCAGUCCAGAACUUCUCACACCUGCUCCUGUAUGCUCGAUCCAGUCUGUUUGAGCAGACAACCCCUGCGAUCAUCGAAUUGACAGACGUCAACGCCAGCGUUUCAGGCACAUCUUUCACCGAUCUCGACCUUGACUCCGAAGAGCUCGGUGGCCUCGUCUCGUGGAUUUUGCCAUACAACAUGGCUCAGGUCGAAAACUACAAUGUCUACCUCACAGACGGCUUGGGCACAAAUCGAUCGCAGAUCAAUGGUCCGCUGCCGGCCACCGCUGACUCUAUCGUCUUGCCACCCAACACGCCGCGCCAGCAGUACACAAGCCUUGCGCCAUGUCACGACUGA